GUUAGACAGCUGAGUUUCCGUCUGGGGUUUGGUGGUUCGCCGAGUUCUGGGGAAGGCGAUACUUCUCGCUGUUUGUGUCUGGCAGGCGGGAUAUCGCGCACCAUGGCGGCGUCCGAGGCUCAGCUCAAGAAGAUGCUAAGCAAGUACAAAUACAGAGACCUGUCAACACGCGAGAUUCUGAAUGUCACCAGCCUAUACCGAGACCUCAAACCCCUGAUGGAUUCUUAUGUUUUCAAUGACGGUUCCUCAAGGGAGCUUCUGAACCUCACCGGGACGAUACCGGUUCCCUAUAGGGGUAACACAUACAACAUCCCGAUCUGCCUGUGGCUGCUUGAUACGUACCCCUUCAACCCCCCCAUCUGCUUUGUGAAACCUACCAACACAAUGACUAUAAAGACGGGCAAACACGUCGACGCCAACGGCAAGAUUUAUCUCCCUUACCUUCACGAGUGGAAGCAUCCGCCGUCAGACCUGCUGGGACUCAUCCAGAUCCUGAUUGUCGUUUUUGGCGAGGAACCUCCUGUUUUCUCCCGCUCUACAGCCCCUGCUCCGUAUUCCAUGUACCCAGCGACGGGACCCCCAAACACUUCCUACAUGCCAGGAGCAAUGCCUCCCUACCCAAAUCAAGCACAUCAGUCCAACCCCAGUGGCUAUCCUGGUUUCCCGUAUCCUCAAAGUGGACCAUAUCCCCCAACGUCAGGUCCCCAGAUUUUCCCCCAGCCCCCGGUGUCUCAGCCUUCAGUCACCAGCUCUGGUCCAGCCAGAGAUGGUACGAUUGGCGAAGACACAAUCCGAGCCUCCCUUAUAUCAGCCGUCAGCGACAAACUGCGAUGGAGGAUGAAAGAAGAAAUGGAUCGCGCCCAGGCAGAGCUGAAUGCUUUGAAACGCACAGAAGAAGACCUGAAGAAAGGCCAUCAAAAGCUGGAAGAAAUGGUCACUCGCCUCGACCAGGAAGUGACUGAGGUGGACAAAAACAUAGAAACCCUGCGGAAGAAAGACGAGGAGCUGGGGGCCGUUGUAGAAAAGAUGGAAAGCCAGUCGGAAUACAGAGACAUUGACGAGGUUAUCAUCCCGACGGCCCCGCUCUACAAGCAGAUCCUAAAUCUCUACGCGGAGGAGAACGCUAUCGAGGACACCAUCUUUUACCUGGGAGAAGCACUCAGGCGUGGAGUGAUAGACCUGGAUAUAUUCCUAAAGCACGUCCGCCUCUUGUCCCGCAAGCAGUUCCAGCUCAGAGCGCUCAUGCAGAAAGCGCGGAAGACGGCAGGCCUGAGCGACUUGUAUUAACGGUGGCCGUCAAAAACAUCUUAAAAACCCUCCCGUUUUAUUUCCUUUUUACUUGUUUCUUUAUAAUCAUUAGAAAUUGGGGUGAGGUCAUAGUUAACGGAGAACGAAAUCAAUAUAUAUAUAUACCAAUAUUUUUUUUUGAGUGACAGACUUCAAUACGAGAACCUCGUAAAGAUCGCUGCGACUCGCUGCAAUGUGCAAUAACGUUGCUUGUCUUUUUCGUAGCAAAAAAAAAAAAAAGCAGAUUUAUCGAGGCCCCCCAAAAAAUCCAGUUUCACCCCCAAAUACACAGCUUGGCAGGAAGGCUGUACCGUAACGCAUCUGCUUGUGACAGGAGCAGCGAUCAUGUUUCUAUUUCUGUGCGUUUCCUUACGAUGUUACCGACCUCACUCCAGCGCAGCAGCAUCAAAUUAUUAUGUAUGUGAAUACUUUUAUUAUUGUGUAAUUAAAUAGAUACUAAUUCUU